CAGAGAUCAAAGCGACCAAAAUCUCAGAGAGAUCUGGAUAAUUAAGUAAAACCAAUUCAGAAAGAAGCAAGAGAGAAAAUGAGGCAGCAUUCCUCUGUGUUCACCUUCUUGCCAUUGCUACUCAUGGUUUUGCUAUGUUUUCCUGUGUCUUCAAAUGGGUCUUUGUUGCUGCCCUUCAUUGAUCGUCCAGGCAGCCUGUUGUCUGAUUUCUGGCAGGAUCACUUCCCAGACCCAUUCCGAGUCCUGGAGCAGGUCCCGCUAGCACUAGAGAGGGAUGAGAGUGUGGCGCUCUCUCCGGCCAGGGUCGACUGGAAGGAAACACCGGAGGGUCACGUGAUCAUGCUGGACGUACCGGGGUUGAAGAAGGAGGAGCUGAAGAUUGAGGUGGAAGAGAACAGGGUGCUGAGAGUGAGCGGAGAGAGGAAGAGGGAGGAGGAGGAGAAGAAAGGUAAUCACUGGCACCGGCUGGAGAGAUCCUAUGGCAAGUUCUGGAGACGGUUCAGGUCACCGGACAAUGUGGAUUUGGAUUCAGUCAAGGCUAAGCUGGAGGAUGGAGUGUUGACUCUGUCGUUGGCCAAAUUGUCUCCAGACAAAAUCAAGGGUUCAAGGCAGGUUGCCAUUGAUGGAGGAGAGCAGGAAACUACAAAGCUUAAGAGCAGUGAAGCCAAAGCAGGACUGCAGGAGCUUUGAAAGCUUACACCCCAUGAAAUUCUUGAACCUUCUUUAACUUUUAAGAGUGAUUAAGCACAAAAAAUUAUUUGAAUGUCUGCGUUUGAUUCACACUUAAAUCGCAAUAUUUUAAUAAAUACUAGCUAAUUAU